AAGUUGAAGUUUAUUCAACGCCAACACUUUGCCAACCGAAUCACCCCUUAGAGUUUUGCCAUGGGUCUGCAGAAUGCUAAGCUUACUAUUAACACACAGGGAUGGACGAGCGAUAGCGAAUGGACAAUCUGCUCCGAUGGCUGGAUGGCUCAAACAAGUUACAGUAUGUCCCCAUUAAAUUGGAUCCUAUUGACUUUCUAUAACAACGAAACGUGAAAUACCGAAGGAAGGGUGCCAAAUGAGAGUGCACUCGUCCGAAUACAAGAAGCUCUGAAUCUAGCUUGUUCGAUUUGGUUUGUCCCUUCAUCUGCCAACGGUCACUAUUGCAGCUACUUGACGGAACAACGCCACAAUAGCAAAUGACACCGCCGCUAUAUAUCUCCAUACAUGUUGUGACGGCUGUGUCCAAACAGUAGCAAGACAAAUGGGGGCUAAGAUUCGUUCCUAAACAAUAACUGUCCAGAUUUGGGCGAAUUUGCUGUGCUUCUUGUUGUAGAUGGGUAUAUAACAAAGCCGUUGCUCUCCGCUGUUCCUUACCAUCCCUUUUAUCCCCACCAAGUCGAAAACAAAAACGAUGAACAGACUCCCAGUUGAACUCCUAUUUGCUAUCCUCAACCAUCUUCCACGCUCGGACUUGCCGCCCGUUGCACUUACUUCUAGGACGCUCCGAAGCUGCACGGAACCCAUACUCUACGCUCAUGUCACCCUAGAUGUCCCAGGACUAUAUCGCAGUUCCACACGUCCUACGUCUCCCGACGACGUCGAAUACAGCCACGAUCUUGCUCGCUCGCUCUUAUACUUCCAAUCUGCUUUUGACGCCUUGGCCUCUCCACUAGCGAGGUUGGUACGGAUCUUGACUAUCACCGGCAUGAUCCCUUUGGAAGACUGCAAUCCCACUUAUUUCGCGACAUGCUACCCAGGUCGCGACCACCUCAAUGAGAUGAAGAGGAUGUGGCGUACAUUCUGCUUUGCACUCGAGCAGAUGAGUGAAUUGCGAGAGUUCACAUCUGACUGCUUGCUACAUGUAGAAGCUUGUGCGAGCCUCUUCAAGGGUCCGAAACCAAAUCUGCGCGUAGUGCACUUGCCCGGCUACUGUCACCCACCGGUCGAAAGGAUACUUAUGCUCAGCGCCACCAGCAUCAAAUCCCUUCAAAUUCCUCUGCUGCCUUCGCUGACCUCGCUCUCGUUCAGAGCCUACAACCCACCUCCCGAUCUCCUGGAGUUGCUGUUCAAAGUGCUCUGUGUUCAUGCGCCUCAAUUGACUAAGCUCGUUUGGCUCAUUCUCUCUGACGGUCUUGUAAUGCCCCCUGAGACUAACUUCCAAUCUCUCAAAGACUUAGAAGGGCUUUGGGACAGCCUGACUGUAUUCUCGUCCUCGCAGUUUCCAAAACUUCUGUCACUGUCCUUGAACGGCCCACCUGCUGAACAUCGGCUGUUCCAUCUCAGUGACUUACUACCACAACUUGAGUCAUUGGAGAUAGCGUUUAGUACGCCACCAGAGGUAUUAACGCUUCCCCCAACUUUGCGUGUUAUUCGUUUGACAGGGGACCCAUAUUCCAUCCCGCGCAACGAGGAGUUGGUGAUACAAUGUAUAUCACAGCUAAGUGUUUGCUCUGCUCACUUGCGUACGCUAGAAAUCGAGCUCAGGUACAUUGAGGAGAGUAUUCAUACCAUCGCAGACUUCCUCCCGAGCUUGCCUGCUCUCACGGUGCUCCGACUGUAUUCAUCGGUCUUCGUAGAUGAUCCUGAAGAUUGUGGUACAUGGGAACAUCGGCACGAGAAAGAAUUGCGUUCAUUCGGCAGUCAAGUCCUUUCCCGUCUACCAGUCCUACAAUCUCUAUCUGUUGUCAAGCCUGCGGAUACUGAAGUAGACGCUAAAGUAUUUCGCGCCCAGACUAAGGCCGAUGUGAUUUCCUGGCAGAGAUCAGUAGUGCAGCAUUGGAAAACUGCUCACUCGUAUCUGCAACAUGUAACCUUGACGCCUUCUAUCGACUGGCAUUGGCGGAACGCCGGUUGGGAGGUGGUUUGAUAAUGCAUUCUCACUAUGUUGUAUUCUGAUUUCCCGUGUUCAUUUUAACCAAUAUAUCUAAUGGUCAUGUCUGGA